CUCUCGACGUCGUUGGAAACUGGUUCGUGAUAUAUCAUCAGCCUUUCGGUGAAAGACAUAAUUUCAGGCUUUUAUAUCCAAAUAAAAUGGAUCAGCCAGAUGGAAACCCAUCUGAUAAGACGGAACUUGGGCAUGCGCUGGAAUCGACGGGCUCUGAGAGCACCCAGCAAGCAGUAGAGCUGACCCAGCCCAAACGCGAUAUCGGGGCCUUUCAGAUAAUCGCCCUCGGCUUCAACAUCCCCAACAGCUGGUUAGCCGUCGCAGUAGCAUUUUCAACAGCCUUGACCGCAGGAGGUCCCGUCUCUCUGAUAUACGGCAACUUGGUCAUCACCGCCAUGUACGGCUCCGCAGCCGUCACUCUGGCCGAGCUUGCGAGCGUGUAUCCUACCGCUGGGGGACAGUAUCACUUUGCGAGCAUCAUGGCGCCGAAAAGGUUCAACAAGUCGAUAUCUUACGUCUGCGGCAUGAUAGCGACGGUUUCGUGGAUCAUAUGCUCUGCUAGUGUCUGUAGUGUUACCAGUUUGUGUAUCGCUGCCAUUGCCGAGUUUUAUAAUGGAUUUCAGGCGAGCGCUUGGCAGCUGUUUCUCAUUUCUCAAGCACUUAAUGUGAUAUCGUUGCUGUAUAACUUGUUCUUGCUGAAGAAGACGCAUUGGAUACAUGAUGCAGCUUUCUUUCUUACUCUGGCUACAUUCGUUUCCGUCUCUGUCGUUUGUCUCGCCCGAGGCGACAAGCAGUCUUCGACCUGGCUGUGGACCAGCUUUGAGUCUUCUUCAGGCUGGACGCCUGUGGUGUCCUUCUUCACAGGCCUCACUACUCAUGCGUACAUGUUUGGAGGUCUCGACGCCACGCUUCAUCUUGCGGAAGAGACUCUAGAUGCUUCCAGAACGGUGCCAAAGGCGCUCAUGUCCACAAUCGGGAUUGGAUUCUUUUCUGGCUUUGUCUUUUCUGUGGCCAUGGCUUAUUGCCUCCCGAGUUUGGAUGUUUUGGCGAAUGACUUAGUACCCGUCUACAAACUAUGGCGCAUAGCUAGCAAAUCCGACACCGCCGGCACUGUCUUCCUCAUUAUCAUCAUUAUCAUCCUCACGUAUAUCAUCGCCGCCACCCAGCAAACCACGUCUCGACUCCUCUGGGCCCUUGCCCGCGAUCGCGGCCUCGUCUUCUCUUCUCAGUUCGCCAAACUAUCUCCCAAGCUGGGCGACAUCCCCAUGGCGGCCCUCCUUCUCGACGCAGGGCUGAUUUUUGUUUGCGGAUGUAUCAGUCUGGGUUCCUCAGCUGCGUUCAAUGCCCUUGUCGGGGUGUUCUCCCUGAUGCAGAUGAUUUCUUUUGCGAUUCCUGCUGCAUUGUUGAUAUAUCGUAAGAGGAGCGAAAAAGUCCUUCCGAGAAAGAGGGCGUUUAAGGUCCCUGAAAUGGUGGGCUGGGCUUGUAAUGUUGGGACGAUUGUUGCGGCGGUUAUUGAAACUAUCUUUUUUACAUUUCCGACUGUUUUGCCUGUGACGGGCAGUAACAUGAAUUAUGCUGCAGUGGUGUUAGCAAUCAUCGCAAUCGUUAUGGCUAUUAACUGGUUCGGAUUUGCAAGGAAGCAUUACCAGGGCCCUAGGAUAGAGUUCGCUCAGUAGAUUAACACCGAAAACCUAUAUCAACUCUUCGGUUAGAUUAAUUUUGGCAGCCUAUGUCUUUGUAUAGAAUUCUACAAAGCGUACUUAUACUUCCAUCUCUUUUUCUUUUUCUCUGUUUUUCUUUUCGGGAGAGAGGGAUCUGGAGAUUGUAUCUAUCCUUUUAGAGAAGACACAUAUACAUAGAGAGUCUGAUCUAAAUAUACUAGGGUAAUGGCAAUUAACCCAUUUCAUGAACAAGAGGCA